GGCGGACCUGGACCUGGCCAUGUGUCACCAAUGGCAGUUAUGGUGGUACCAAAUAGAAUCGACUAUAGUAUGACGAAAGGCGGUCUUCGUAUGUGGGUUGUCCUUCUAGUAUUCUUUUUUCUAUGUUCCAGUUUAUACACGAUUUUUUCGGCUCAAGAAUUGGCAGAAUUACCAUUGAGCAUAGAAGAUGACGAAAAUAUUGAUUAUGAUGGUGAAAUUGAGGAUAACGGCGAUGAGAUGGCAAAUCAUAACCGGCGAUUCGAGAAAGAUACUACGCCAUCUAAAGCGAAUGUCAUUUAUUCAAAAGUUAGCGAUGAAAUCCGAAGAUUCCAUCAAGGAAUUAAUGAUGAUGCUGGUGAUUUUCUUUGUCUCGUAAUAAGAGAGUUUUUUGAAGGAAACGGCAUGGUAUGUUGCUUCAACGGCAUGGAAAAUUUAGAUUCAUGUGUUACGAUGGGAAGGACUUUGUCAUUAAAAGUGAAGGCCUUGGUGGUGUUAGUCCCAAAGUGA